AUGAGUACAAAGCUAGAAAACGAGGCAGAGGAUGCCAAUAUCUCAUAUCCCUCGCCCGGCACCGAGGCAAUGGAAGCUGGCCCUUUUUACAACACCAGUGGCCGAGACGUCCCUCAAGACCACCAAGAGCACGAGCAUCAUGAGCAUCAUGAGCCCCACCACGAGCCUCAUCAUGAACAGUCAGACCAUCAUGCGCCGGAACAAGUACAACAUGUGCAAGUUCCAGAGCACAAUCAGAAUGACAUGCAAGCUCCAGAGCCGGAAACCCCUCAGCAGCACGUUCCUCGUCCCGCCAACCUGGAAGAGCUUCAGCUGGCAGCCCAGUUAGGCCAGGGUCUAGCUGGAGCGCCCAUGAUGUCAGCCACAGACCCCAACAUGAACGUCGAGGACCCCAACCUGCGAAGCAUCAUGCCUCACCCUGACCCCGAACAGCAGCAGACACCGUCCUAUGUUCACGAUACUCCCACGAGCGACCAAAUGGUAUCGCACGCCAUGUCUGUUUCUGUUGGGCCAUCAAUGGGCCCCCAAUACCCCAUCGACAACAGCAUCCCACCCAGAAAACGAUCAAAGGUGUCAAGGGCAUGCGAUGAGUGUCGGAGGAAGAAAAUCAAGUGUGACGCCCAGUCGGAUACUGGAGACGCUCCAUGUUCCAGCUGUGCUAGGGUAGAGACUGACAGCCUCAACAGAUAUAUCAAAGAACUUGCAGAUCGCAUCCAUAGCAUCGAAAACAAGCUUGAGUCUGAUGGCGGCCUGAGUCAAGACGACAUCGACAGACUCUUUUCCACAGAUCGACCUCGGCAAAGCCAAGGCGAUGAUGCUGCUCGAAAACGACCCUUUUCCAGUAUCUCGACAAAUGAUUUUGUUACGCCCUCGCGACAAAUGCCAUGGGGCUCGGACAACAGGAUGCAGGCCUCGCCAGGGACUUCUGAAGCAUAUUCAGCCUAUAACAACAACAACAACAACAACAACAACAACAACUCGUUGGCACCCCAAGCUACACCCAUUCGGCCAGACAGUACGCCCUCUAAACCUCCCGUGGCUGCUAUGGACGUGUCAAUGCCAGAUGCUCAUGAGACCGUUGACAUCGAUGAAAGCAUGCUACAGAGUUAUUUGUCAACUGUUGGCCCUGUGUACCCGAUAUUGCCAAGCACAAAGAGUCGGAUGCAGGCGUUGCUCGCGCAGUGCCCGACGUCGGUCCAGAAUGCAUUUGCCAAUGCUCUUCCCGCAGUCGUAGGAUCCGGUGGUGACACAAAGCUCGCUAGCUUGCUACUCAUGGAGCGCGAGAGCGAUGAAACCCAUGCCACACAAGCCACCUAUAUUGUGCAUGCCCAGACGCUAUUGCUGCUUAUUAUCGACGCAGAUUGGCGUUCUUCACCAACUUUGCCGUACUUGCUUUCUCGUGCGGUUGGAUUGGCCAAUUCAAUUAACCUAUGGCGAUACACCCCCGUCGAGUUAGUUUUGGAGUCCGACUCAGACUCAGAUGACCAGCUAUCAGUGCGGAUAUGGUGGUCAUUGAUCCUGAUGGACCGUUGGCAUGCUGUCGGCAAGGGAAAACCGCCAAUGAUACCCGAUAAUAGUACAGUCGCUCCUCCUGGCCUGGAGAAGAUCCUGGGAGAUGUGUGUUUUUACCUUGCCCGACUCUCAAAGCUGCUCAACUGUCUGUGGCAAGCUAUCUUCACAUUGCAGCUGGGAAUGUCCACAACCGAGGAGAUAGUGGCACGCAUACUCGCAGAUUAUGUUGAGAACUACCGAGAAGAUCUCCCUGGGCAUAUCUUGGCUACGUCGCAUCCCGUCGUGCAUCUAGCAUACUGGCACUGUAAGCUCAUGGUUGUGCUUCUGACACCAGGCGCUACGCCGACCGAAACGUUGUGGCCUACCAAGGAAGUGAUCAACCUUCUCUUUACAAACGAGCACCUACGCAGUCCACUCGUCAAUCACUUUGUCUCUCUUAUCACGAUGUCUUUGGCGAAGCUGGUUAAGAUCGACAAGUCGCGAGAAGAAGCCACACAGUUGAUCAAGGAUAUUGUGGAAAAGCCCAACGAAAUGUGGAAUGGUGUUCGCGACAAACUCUCGGAAUUCUUGCGUCCAACAUCGUCAGUGGAAGCGGCAGCGAGCCAAGGCCUUCAACACCUGGCAGAUCUUGCCACGGCACAUGAGGGCAUCGCACCGGGAGGUGAUGAUAUCUCAUUUGGGCCAUCAUUGGCAUCAGGGUAUUUGGAUAUGGCGUAG